CAAAGGGCUAUUCGGCUUGCUGCUCUCGCUAUUCAAAUUUCGUCUACUUGUUAUUAUCUUCAUCUUUCAAGUAGUUUCGAAUAAUUAUUUUGUUUAAAAAAUGAUCAGAAGAAUAUUUACUUCAUCAGCUACUGAUGAUGAUGUUCUCGAUGUAAUGGAAGAAUAUGAAAAGAAUUCAAAGAGAUAUUCAAUAGAAAGUGAUGAAGGAUUAUUAGAAACUAAACGAAACGAAUCAAAUAACAAUACCCAAACUGAUGGAUCAACACCUACUUCAUCAGAAACAACAUCCGACUCUGCACACUAUUCACCAAAUAGUUAUUUCGAUAUUUUCACUAAAAUGUCAAAAUCCAAAAAACACACUAACAAAAUUUCAUCAAUUUCUAUUGACAAUCGACAUAAGAACAAUACCAUCUAUACAUCAGGAAUGGAUGGAAUAUCAUGUAGAUGGAUGAUAAAUCAUUCAAAAAAUAGAUCAAGUGUUCAAAUUGAUUUACCUUCAUCAAGUUUAACAUCAAAUUCAAGUUUACCAGAAAUUGAAGAUUUUUCAAAAUCAAUUCAAUUGGAUUUCAUGUAUGAAAAAUUACCUUCUCUUAUAAUUACACAACAUUUAUUUAAUGAAUUUUUAUUUGUUUCAACAGAUGACAUGAUGUUGACUUUAUUUUAUAUUCACAAUGAGAAACCAAUGUUUAAAAUUAAGUGUAAUCAAGUUGUUACUUGUAUAUUUGCAUUUGAAUGUACAAAUAAUUCAAAUGAUAUGAAUAUUGCUGGAAAUGUUUGUGUUGGUUUGAGGAAUGGUGAAUUUAACAUGUAUUCCAUUCAGAAACAAUAUUCGAAAUUGGGAAAAUGGGUCGGCACUGCUCUAAUACCUAAUGAAUCAUUUAAUAGAAAUUAUACACCAAGACAUUUCAGACAAAUUAAUUAUAUUGGAUUGUUAAAUUCUAAAGAAGUGAUGGAAUGUUAUGAAUUGAAUAAGAGUAGUGCACAUACGAAUAGUUUAUUAAUUAGUAGUAGUAGCAGUAGUGGUGGUGGUGGAAAUUCUGGUAUGGCUGCUUCAUCUUUGAAUGUUACUGCUUCACAACAAUCAACCUCUUCAAUGACAAGUCAGAGUUCAUCCGUUGCGAAUAGUAACAGCAGUAGUGGUGCUGGUGGUGGCAGUAGUAGCACAGUAACAAGUGGUGCUGCUUCAACAUUUGUAGAGGUUGACUAUACUAAGGUGAAUUAUCAUAUCAAGGAGCCAAUUACAGAUCAAAUGCUUUUAAUUACUGCCUCUAAUGAUUGUUUUGUAAAGAUUUGGACAAUUUCUGGAGGUGAAUUGAUUUUCAUGAAGGAAUUUGAUUCUCCCUGCACAAAAGUUGUUACCACUUCAUUUAGAAAGGACACUAUUAGAACGAGAUUCUUUUUCGUUUCACAUUCCAAUGACAUUUCAAUCUUUAGUUUGACUGGUAAGGCAAAACAUCCAGCUGAUUUUCGAGUACAUUUCAAUAUUAAUCAAUUCUUCCUGCAUCAGGUUCCAGAGAGUUUUGAUCAGAAUUUGAAUUCAUCACCAAGCAAUUUGGCUGGAAAAUCACCUUCAAAAUCAAGAAGAGAUAGAGGUUAUUCAACUGCUCUCUCUGCCAAGGAUUCCAGCAAUUCCACUUCUCAGAGUGGAUCCACCAACAAGUAUGUUGAAAUUCCAGUCAGUAAGAAUGGUUAUAUUUAUCUGAUUGGUUGGAAUUCAAUGCAAGCAAGAAUGGAAGUUUGGCUCUACAACUUGCACGAUCAGAAAACGAAACCAAUUUCACAAUAUCAACAAAAGAUUCUUGGAGUUACAUUUUUACAAAAUCUAGUUCUUGAUAGGACUCAUACCAAUCAGUUUGGAACUGAUUUGAUUACCACCUUUACUGUAAUGUAUAGUUGUUACAAAAAGUUGUACAUUAAGAAUUUGAUUUUGAGAAAGUCAUUAUUAGAAAGUUCAAAGAAACCUAUUCUAAUUGUUCCCUCCAUUCUUUCAUCUGCCAUUUCAGUGGACAUGUCUUCACCACCAACUGAAGCUAUCCUUCCUCAAAAGUAUUGUAAUUCCAACUUCUCUGACCUUUACUAUACCAUUACAACAAAGAAAGUAUUAGAAAUGAGAAAUCCAGUUAAAGUAGCUCAAAUAAUUCAGAAUCAUUUUAAGGAGUUGGCAGAAAUGGAAUCCAUGGAAGCUAAAAUUAAUUUCAUUCAACAAGUUUAUAGUAAUUCGAGUAAGGUUCCUGAAAUGAGAUUCAACUUUGUUCUCAAUAUUUCACAUCAAGUAACAUGUCACGAUACAGAGCUCGUAGCAAAAUCUAAACAUGCUCUCGAACUUUUAAAUCAAGAAGUUCUACAAUCCAGAAAAGGAACUUCUCUCCAUAAGAAAUUCAUGUACAUUCGAGAAGUAUCUUUGAAAAUGGGAGAAGCCAAAUUGACUGUCUUGAACUAUGACAGCUAUAUUCCAUUGUUGGCUGAUUUUUGUAAACCAGAUUCUAUUGAACGAUUGAGAAAUGUUCAAGUUAGCUCUUCAUCCUCCAGAAGAUUGGCCAUUCACAUUCAGGAUCUAUUCAAAAUUUUCUUUACCACUGUGAAAACAACUAAGCAUACUUACAAAUUACAUCCAAAACCAUUUGAUGAAUUACCAAAUUUGAUAGUGGAAAGAGUUGGUUGUAAACACAUGACUGAAGUUUACAAAGGUUUGGGAAGAUUAUUGGCCUUUAUAAUAAUUCAGCCAUAUCUAUUUAUUGAGGACUUUUUCCCAACACAUGUCAUUUUGAAAACCCUGUUGGGAUUGCCAAUUCAAUUUACUGAUUUUGCAGAUUUUGGAAGUCAAUAUUUGGCCCUGAAGCAUGUUGUUGAAAAGAGGCAAGAUGGCUCUAAGAAAUUGUCAGAACUCAUUCCAGAGGAAAUUCUUGAGGAAUUCCAUUUGAGUCACGAUGAGGAGUUGGCUAAAAUCAUGUCGACCAACGUUUCGGAAGAUAACAAGAUUCAACUCAUAAGACAAUCGGUGAUGAGAUUAAUGUUGUUAAACAUUUCAACAGAAUUGGAGAAUAUUCUUUACGGAACUUAUGAAUUUUUACCUUCAUUGGAUUGUGUCAGAACUCUCAUGGAUGAGAAUGAGCUGAAUAGUUUAUUUGUUGGAACAAAGAUUCUUCACAAUGAUUACGUACUCUAUAAGAAACCAAGCAAUGGAAAUGAUUUGUUAUCUGUUAAUCAAAUGAUGGAAAACGAUCCAAUGGUAGCUUGGUUAUGGGAAUUCAUUUAUGAUGAUAUGGACCCAGCUAUAGUGGCAGAUAAUUUGCGAUCUUGUUGGAUUUCUAAAAAGUGUUUGGUUGUGAAAAAUGAUUUAAUGUACUAUAAUCCAUUCCCAAUUAUUUCGAGGGAUGAAAAUUUGGUCGAUGAUGUUAUUUUCAGACCAGAAGAACAAGAGCUCUGUAUUGGUACAUUCCAAGAUAAGGAAAAAUUCUUUUCAUGCUUGUUACAUCAUAUUGAACAAAAUGCAGGUAGAAGAUCAACUAUUACUGGCCAAUCACCACUUCCACUCACUCCAAGACAACAUAGUGAUUCAAUUUUUGAUCAAUCGACAUAUUCUUCCUCAUUGAGUUCUCUUUCAUCCUCUCCACUCCUCAAAACCAUGUAAUGUUAUAUAGAUGCAUCUGUUAUAAUAAAACCCAUUCACUGGAUUUUAUUUCUUUU